CAUUUAACUGUAUUCGAGAUGAGGCUUAUCAUUUUACAAAGCUGUUUGAUGAUUGGCAUUUUGCUGGUCGUGACGCCAUCGGUUCGUUCAGUGCCGAUCAGAUUUGAGAAGGAUACUAACGAGCCAUCGGUCAAUAACUCACCAAAAAACAAAGACACUCGAAGCCUUGAUUUCAAUACAGUAAUCGCCAUCACGGAUUUCAGAAUUUGUCCAUCAGGUCGUAGUCGCGACGUGUUUGGUCGAUGCCGUAAACCAAUGGUCUCAAACUAAAAUAAUCUGUUUAUUCAAUUGUGAAUAAAAUUUUAAACCGAUAAAAGCGAUAAUUGAUAUUUCAAAUUUGAAAUUUAACUUGUGUGGUUGUCUUCUAGACCAUUAGAGGACGUGAUGUUGUUUGGCCUGAGGCUUCUUUUUAUCAGCUGUUGUCAGAACCCGUCAUUCUACUCUGUGCAGUUAAGUUGUGUUGUGAUCAAAGUAAAACAUCUUGAAAUGUCUCAAGAAAGAAAAGAAGAUGAUGAAUCACAAGCUCAGGAACUUCCCGUCAAAUUCAACUUCAUACCUGAAUCGAUAACAAGUCCGUUCAUCGACAUCUUUCCCGGCCAGAACGAAGGAAUGGUAAGAGGCGAACCUGGGGGAUUCGUCUUCAGUCGAGAGUACGGUCGUCGUGCCAAUGAAAUUUACCAAUUCAAACCGAGAAAAGAUGACGCCUGGGUCUGCACUUUCUCAAAAUCAGGAACUACGUGGACCCAGGAACUGGUUUGGCUGAUUGUCAACGGGUGUGACACAGAGAAGGCAAAACAGAUCCCAUUACAAAUGAGGUCACCUUAUCUCGAGGGGGACUAUCUGAUAUCGCCGGAAAAAAUGCCACAGGAAAUUCGCGAAUGCUGGGCGCUGGAAUCGUUGGACAAGAGGCCGUCACCUCGAGUUAUCAAGAGUCACCUGCCUUUUAACCUUCUCCCACCUCAAUUACUCGACACUUCUAAAGUCGUAUACGUGGCGCGGAAUCCAAAAGAUGUCAUCGUUUCAAAUUACCACCAUUUCAAGCUGUUCAAGUUUCACGACUUCAAAGGAACCUUGGAAGAUUUUGCCAAUUAUUCCAUGGAUGGCCAAAUUUAUUAUUCACCGUACUUUCCUCAUGUGUUGGAUGCCUGGAGUAAGAGACACCAUCCCAACGUGCUGUUUCUCUUUUACGAAGAAAUGAAGCAGGAUUUGCGUGCAGUGGUGGAACGGGUGGCGGCCCAUUUAAACCAAACUGUAACCGAAGAGCAAAUGGUUCGAGUACUGGAAUACCUGAGCUUCAAAAACUUGGCAAGCACCGAAGCCGCUGGGAAAGAAAAAGUCAAGGAGAUGGGCAUCAUGAAUGAAGAUGCCGGUACCUUUUUUCGUAAAGGAAAGACUGGUGAUUGGAAAAAUCAUUUCAGCCCAGAACUCAACGAGCGCAUCGACAAGUGGAUACAAGAUAAUCUGGCCGGCUCUGAUCUCAAAUUCGUCAUGGAAUUGGAUAAACAAGAUUGAUGACUUCCUUAACCCCUUUUUAAAUUGUAUUAUAUUUCAGGAUUUUAAAAAAUAAUGGCACCCAAAGGAAAUAGAUAGAACAUUUGGUUGAAA